AUGGGCGCCGUAACAUUUGCUAGAAGCUUGGUGCCCAAAUCAAACUGGGCUCGUUUCAGUUACUCAAUUGGAACUUCUUUUUCUAAACAAUAUUCUACAACUACAACUACAACUACACCUACUCAUAAACACUCUUCCAAAUCAAAACCCCGCACACUUACUCACGAAAACGAGGCUCUCGACUUUGCUAACCGCAAAGCAACCCUACUAGCAUCGGGUGCUGACCUCUACCCACUCCUCAAACCACUCCCGGAAGCCCCGCGGUUACGUAUCCCAGAGUUUCGGGCAAAAUGGACAGCUCAUGCACCACACAUUGACAAUCCCUACGGCGUGGACGCGUCGGCACCUCCACCUUUGUUUACUGUUCAAGGUCGCAUCCGGACCAUUCGUAAGUCUGGCAAGGGUUUAAUUUUUAUGGACUUGAUCCAAGAUCAGACCAAACUGCAAAUUGUCAUUAAUAAAACAAAAGCCAAUCUCUCACAGGAAACUUUUGAUGACGCACACGCGUCACUACGUCGUGGAGAUAUUGUUUCAUGCACUGGAACUCCCUGGAAAACGAAAAGUGGCGAACUAUCAUUACUUGCAGACCGCCCAGCUCAGCUCCUGGCCCCAUGUUUCCAUCCAAUUCCAACUAACUUGACUAAUGAAACAACUCGUAGACAUAACCGCGUUGUAGAUUUGGUUGCAAAUAAACCUGCAAGGGAUGUGCUAAUUGUACGAGCAACUGUACUUGCAUAUGUACGUGAGUUUUUCGCCCACAAGGGGUUUCUGGAGGUACAAACGCCCAUGCUUGCAGAUCUGGCCAGCGGAGCCACAGCUACGCCAUUUGUGACACACUCAAAGGCUCUUUCAUCAGACGGUACCCCGCGCGAAUUAGCACUAAGAAUUGCACCAGAGCUCUGGCUCAAGCGACUGGUUGUAUCUGGGUUUGAUAAGGUGUUUGAGGUGGGACAAAAUUUCCGUAACGAGGGCAUUGAUGCUACUCAUAACCCUGAGUUUACAACGUGCGAGUUUUACGAGGCUUAUGCGACGUUAGACGACUUGGUAGCGCUAACCCAGGACUUGCUGCGCGGGGUGGUAGAGCGGAUUGGUGAGCUUCACCCAGAUGUAUUUACUGAACGAGUGAGGGAGCUUCGGGAUGCAUUUGCAGCAGACUUUCGUGCUGUGGAUUUUGUUAAAGAGAUUGAAGCCAAGUCAGGUCUCCAAUUGCCUGCAGAUUUGAGUAAUGUUGAUAGACUUGUUGAGUUUUACAAAAGUGCUGGGAUUCCUAGGCCGGGUAACCUGGUUAGUGCAGCUAAGCUUCUUGACGGGUUGGCUGGACAUUACUUGGAGCCACAGUCAGAGGGUACAUUUGAGCCGUUAUUAAUUACGAACCAUCCUGCUGCCAUGUCGCCCUUGGCCAAGACAGAUUUAGUGAGUGGGCUAAGUCGACGGUUUGAACUUUUUAUUGAUGGGAAAGAAUUUGUGAAUGCGUAUGAAGAAGAGAAUUCUCCAUUGGCACAGCGGCACAAGUUUGCAGCUCAGCAGCGUGAACGGGCAGAAUUUGAAGAUGGCGAAGUACCAUUGCCAGAUGAAAGUUAUGUGGAAGCAUUAGAAUGGGGGUUACCACCGACGGGAGGAUGGGGGCUUGGAGUUGAUCGGUUAUGUAUGCUUGUGACUGGAAGUAAACGGAUCGAGGAGGUUCUUGCGUUUGGGGGGAUAAAGGCUGUUAAUUAUCAGUGA